GGAUUUUCCAGGACUUCAGCCCGGUGAGUCAGCGCGAUAGUCAAAUUGAGAGCCUCCCAAGGAACACUUAAAUUCGCCAUGUUUUUUUUUUUAAUCAUACGAUGAAGAAUGUUUAAACUUCCAAAGCUUCUUUUUCACAUCUUUGUCUGCCCUCUCUGUCCCCUGCAUCCCGCACCCACGGCACCGCAGACCAAACUCGGGGAAAAGUUGUGCAUGUCAACUACUCGUGGUCACGUGUCAGAGCUUUACUUUCAUUGGAAAUACGCUGAUUAAUAAUGAUAGUACAACAUUUUAGGCGUAUAAUUCAAUUAAAGCUAAGAUAAUUUUAAAACUGUUUCAACUUGUGGAAAUUAACCAAACAAUGUAGUUUUUAACGCAACCUUAAGGAGAAAAAAAAAGAGUUGGACCACGUGACCACUCCGGUGACGACUGCUAGCAAGCAGCCGAAAAUGUCAGGUGUUUCAGGAUGUAUGAAUCCUCAUUUGGGAAUCUCAUCUGCAGCUGAAAGGGACAGGAAAAGCACUGUCUGAACUAGUAAUGCAAAUGAAGCCAAAAUAUCCCCAUGUUUGAGUCCAGCUGCAGGUAAGUGCUGGUCAAAGGGAUGUGCUGAAAAAUACCGAUCCCACUGAUCCUGCUUUUUAUGCAAAAAUUAUGUACAUUUUUCUUCUUGUGUUUCUAGCAUCAUUGUAGUCUUGUGUUGGUAAGGCUGCUUUAUGCUUUCAUUUCAACUUAAAUAGCUCCCACUGGCCGGCAACCCCCCCCACAUAUAAAACAUAAUAUGUCUCAGCUACAUCUACUAUAUGAAACUACCAUAUAAUGCUUCUUAUAUUUCAACUUAUAAGACACAUCCUUCAGUGAGUAACUGUACACCCCUGAGCAAAAUGUUAAGACUGAGGAAAAAAAGUAUUCAUGUUUUGUGCUGAUGGAUUGUCACCAGGUAGUAAAAGGAGCAUUAAAAUGCAAAAAAGAAGAAAGAGGAGUGAUGGACCUGCUUCUUCUCUUUGCAUUGUGAUUUUCUGCUUCCACUUUGGUUACAAUACAACCACUUGCAUUGAACAGUGAAUCAGCAGCAUGUUGUUUUUGCUAAUUUAACACAUUCUUUGUGCUCUGUCCUUAUUCUGUUUUAAGAGCCUGCAGGUUCAUCUCUCAGGGAUGGUGGGUGAAUGGCAGUUUUUUUUUAUCAUGUAUGUGUGGCUUAUCUGUGUUGCUAUGGACACAGCUUCACGUGACACUCUUAAACGGAGGAUUUGGUAUGACAUCCAUAGUGUAGUACAGCAAAGGUGAUUUACCCCCCCAGUUGGUCCCCUAAGUCCAGUUCUGGUGGGAUUUCGGUGAUGAAAAACGAAGUUCCAGGUAGUAGUAAAGACAAUAUUCUUCUCAAAACAAUAUGCGUUCAAAAGAGUAAUACAGAAACACGCCUCCUGGAAAUCAGGCCUCAAAUAUUGCUUUGUGUCCCGCCACAUUUUCAAUUAAAAACCAGAGCAAUGUUUGUCCAUGCAGAAAAUGUAAUACUGCAAUGACUCACUAUGUAAUGCUAACCCGCAAUCCUGCACACAAGAGUUGAAUGCUAGGGAGAUAUCUGGUUAUUGUAAUGAAGACAUUUGCAAUUCUUAUUUUACACCUGCGGUUCAUUUGAUUUGCAUUUCCAAAUGUUUUGUAUCUAUUUCACUCUUUAAACAGUAUCAGUUACUCUCGCUGGAGUGAGAGUCUGGGAGUGACACAUAAAGGAUGUUGAUGUGACAAUCAGAAGAAGCCUGUAUCUUUAUUAUCAGCUGUCCGACUAUACAUGCACACUUUUGUUGUUGCAUUGACAUUUUUAAGUGCUCUUCUAUGAAAUUUACGGUAACAAAAACACAAUGGAUUUUUUAGAGGGAAGCAAAGGUGUCUACAAACCGAUCAUGGUAUGUGAUGUGAUGUUGAGUUUACAUGAUGUCUGGCGUGCACAGGUCUGUGAGGUCCAAGUCACAAGUCACAAUGUCAUUUUUUUAACGCUCCUACACAUAAAAACACUCUAAAGACCCGUUGGAUCUCCCAGUCUUCCAUGGCACAGUUGGCUGAGCUUUUUAGACUCCCAGCAGAAGAACCCGAUCCCACCUGAGGUGAAGAAAUGACUGACCUGCUAGUGGAGGAGAAUAAUAAAUCACUGAGCAUAAAAUAUGACAGGGCAUGUCCUGAGGGAACCCGGUGGCACCGCCAUCCAUAUCAACGUGGGAGGCUUCAAGAAGCGUCUCCACUCAGACACGCUCUCCCGGUUCCCGGAGACGAGGCUGGCGCGUCUUCUUCAGUGCCAGUCCAGGGAGUCCAUACUGGAGCUGUGUGACGACUACGAUGACACCGAGAAGGAGUUUUACUUCGAUAGGAACCCUGCACUUUUCCCGUAUGUGUUGAAUUUCUACAACACGGGUCGGCUGCAUGUCAUGGCCGAGCUGUGCAUCUUCUCAUUCAGCCAGGAGAUCGAGUACUGGGGCAUCAAUGAGUUCUUCAUCGACUCCUGCUGCAGCGGCGCUUAUCACUGUCGGAAAAUGGACCAGGAUCGAGAAGAAUGGGAUGGAAGCGAUGAAGGUAGCACCACUUCGUCAUUCGAUGAGCUUCUGGAGUUUUACAACGAUGCAACAAAAUUUGACAAGCAGCCGCUGGGGAGCACACGCAGGCGCGUCUGGCUGAUGCUGGACAACCCAGGCUACUCCGGAGCCAGUCGCAUCAUCAGCAUCCUCUCCAUCCUGGUCGUGCUCGGCUCCAUCGCCACCAUGUGUAUGAACAGCAUGAGCGAGUUCAGUCUGAUGGACCGCGAGGGCCGACCCGUGGAGGACCCCCGCUUUGAGAUCGUGGAACACUUCGGUAUCGCUUGGUUCACCUUGGAGUUGGUGGCGAGGUUCGCGGUGGCGCCCGACUUGGUGCAUUUUUUCGAGCAUCCGCUAAACGUGAUCGACUUGGUGUCCAUACUUCCCUUUUACCUGACACUCGUCAUCAAUCUGGUCGUGGAGAGCAGCCCUGCACUCGCCAACCUGGGUCGAGUCGCUCAAGUGCUUCGGCUCAUGAGGAUUUUCCGAAUCCUGAAGCUGGCACGCCACUCCACCGGGCUGCGUUCCCUGGGGGCCACCCUGAGGAACAGCUACAAGGAGGUGGGUCUGCUGCUUCUCUACUUGGCAGUCGGGGUGUCUUUUUUCUCAGUCAUGGCCUACACAGUGGAGAACGAGGACAGCGAGGACCUGUCCACCAUCCCAGCGUGCUGGUGGUGGGCCACGGUCAGCAUGACCACAGUCGGCUACGGAGACGUGGUGCCCUUGUCUUUAGCGGGAAAGCUGACGGCCUCAGCUUGCAUCCUGGCGGGGAUCUUAGUAGUGGUGCUUCCCAUCACGCUCAUUUUCAAUAAAUUCUCCCUCUUUUACAAGAGACAAAAACAGUUGGAGAUCGCUAUGCGAAGCUGCGAUUUUGACGAGGGCAUCAAAGAGGUGCCGUCCGUCAACCUGAGGAACUAUUACGCACACAAAGUGAAGUCUCUCAUGGCCAGCCUGUCAAACAUGAGUCGGAGUUCACCCAGUGAACACAGCCUGAACGAGUCCAUACACUGAAGGUGGUCUUGUGUGAUGAGCUGUCCCGGGUUCUGAAACAUUGAGCACCAAAGCUGUGUUUCCUUCCAUCAUGUUGGAAAUAGGGUUGCAAAGUUGAAGGGAUUUAGAGGCGCAAACUCCA